AUGAAGAAGUACUACGACUCACCGCGACACUUCGCAGUCGGAGACAAGGUUCUCCGCAUCGGACGUGGAUACAACAUUCCAGUCAACCAACUGCUCACACGAAAGCUCGGCCGACAAUACGCAGGACAUUUCACGGUGCUGGAGCGUGUCGGACGCCUUGCAUACAAGCUUGAUCUCUCAGGCGAUUGGAGCCGAGUCCGUCCAGUCAUUAGUGUCCAACACUAA